AUGUCGUUCUUCCAGCGUCUCGUGUCGUACGUGAUCAACGACGUGGCCGUGAAGGCGCUGUCGAACUCGCGCGCAUUCCAGCGAUUUGCUCUCAAGACGCAUUACCACUUGGAGGACGCCAAGACAAUGGCGUCAACCGGCGCUGACGUGCUCAAGAACUCGAUGGAGAACUACGUGCCUAAAGUCAAGGAUUUUAGCCAGACUUUUCGGAAGGAAGUGGCCAGAGAGAUGAAGAAAAUGAAGUGA